AUGGUGUUGCUGCAAGAGACUAAGAAAUCUGUGAGUAAUGAAAAGUUAGCUAGGUCAAUUUGGGCAGGAGAGAUGAUGGAUUUUAUGGCUGUGGACUCAGCAGGAGCUGCUAGAGGUACGCUUUAUCAUAGUUUUCAGUGUGUGGUGGUGCAUGUAUAUGGUCCUAAUGAUGCAAUUAAAAGGAAGGAGGUGUGGGAUAUCCUGGGGGAUUUCAAUGAGAUCCAGAGAAUAUCAGAAAGAAAAUGGUGCUCUAGAAUGGAUAGGGGGAUGAGAGAAUUCAAUGCAAUGAUUGACCAAUUAGAGCUCAGACUAGAUGUGUUUUCAGAUCAUAGCCCUAUCCUACUGAUGGAAGAUGACAGGGACUGGGGCCCUAGAUCCUUCAAAUUCAUUAAUGCAUGGCUUCUUCAUCCAAGCUUUAUGAAGUGGAAUAAUGAGGUCUUUGGUCAUGUUGAAUUCAAGCUGAAACAAAUUGAAGAGGAAUUACAUACUUUGGACUUACGGGCUGAAGAAGGGUCAUUAUCAUCAUCACAGGCUGCUAGAAGGAGGGAGGCUAAAGGGGAAGCAUGGCAACUAAGCAAAAUGGUAGAGUGGGUGUGGCUGCAGAAAUCAAGGCUGAAUUGGGCAAUUAAAGGUGAUAGAAAUACAAAAAAAAUUCACAUUAUGGCUUGUAGUAAGAAGAACGGGAAUGCCUUAUGUUCUAUUGUGAUUAAUGGUUCUGUGGUGGAGAAUCCUCAAGAUGUUAGGGCUGAAGUGAAAAAUCAUUUUCUUAACCACUUCUCAGAUUCUUGGUGUAGCAGACCAGUGCUGCUAGGUCCUUUUAACACCAUUGGAGAAGAUCAAAGCUCUGAAUUUUGGAAUCAGUUUUUUCAAAAUCUGAAGUGA